AUGUCACAAGAGAAAGUAACUGUUACAACAUCCUCUUCAGGAAGCUCAGAUGCACAGUCGGCUCAAUCAGGGGAAGUUGUUAUUAUCAAUGGAAAAAGAUUUUUGAAAACAACUACAACAUCUCAAGAAUCAACGCAUUUUUCUAGAACAACAACAGUAUCCAAGACAACAAUUACGCGUAAAAGAAUCGUUGCGACACUUAUUAUUAUCAAACUUACUAUUCGAGAUUUUAUAGGCUUUGCAUCUUUCCAUCCGUUUAUUUUCAACAUCCGCCCAAUUGGAAUGGAUAUCAGAUCUAACAAAGACAUCGUCGUUGAAGAAUAUAAUAAAAUUUGGCCAAUUAUUAAAGAGGCUGAAGAAAGUCUUCCAUUCCCAGAGAAUCAAGAAGAUGCAGUCUAUAACUUCUGCUGGAAAUAUGCUGGAAUUAUCUAUUAUUCGACAAUCUUAAUCUUAGAAAUGAAGAAUAACAAAGUCGACUUGAAUUCUAUUGCUGAAUUUUCCACAUCACAUGAUAAUAUCAUACAGUUCCUUAAGGAUGAGCAUGGUUUUAUGAAAGAAAAGAAUCCAGAAAAAUUCAGGCCACAGCCUUUCAUGACUGUUGCAAGAACCAUUCAUCAGACUUGCAAAGACAUCAAAAUUAUGAUGAGGCAGGUUAAUAUCGCUGAUGUCAAGGAUUCAAGAGUUCAACCAAUUAUGACAGAACUUGAAUCCCAGAGAAAGGCGAUCAAAGCCGCAAUCAAGCCUGUCAUUCAGAAUGAGAAGACAAUGACAAUGGAUAUUUAUAGAACAUGCCGCAGAACAUUUAUCACCGCAAUGAGACUUAUUAACAAUUUGGUCUAUAAAGUUUCAAUUAUCGAUCAUGCAAUGGAAUUUAAUACUAAUUUGGCUUUCUAUCUUGGCGUCUUGGCCGAAAAUGUUCAACUUUUCCAAGAUGGAGAACAAAUUGCCAAAGACUACAUUGAAGAAGUUAACCCAGAUGCAAAGAGCCAUAAAAAGCCACGCCGUAGUGAAGGUGCUCAGCCACAAGAUGAUAAUCCUGUCAAAUCACGUGAUGCCCAGAUCUCUUUGGCCGAAACAAAGCCAAAAGCAGAAGAUUCUGGAGCCCCGAUCUCUCUAUCAGAAUUAAGAUCGGGUCCUGGAGAAGAUGAGCACAAGCCAAUCGGAAAUUGGGCAACCUCAACAGAUUCUCUCAUGAAGAAGAAAGAUGGACAACUCAGAUUGAAACCCGAUGAGCUUGGAUCCCAAUCUGUUUCUCUUUUCAUGCUUAAACAAAAGCGUAAAUCUAUUUUAUUGGAUCCAUCAGAGGAACAAGGGUUAGAUUUGCAUAAUUCAACAUUCCCUCAUGUUACAUUCAACUUUGAGCGCACAGGUCCACUCGAAAAUGAACAAUCGCAGAUGGUCGAUGAUACAGACAGUUCCCCACUGUUAUCGCAGUCAGCACCUGAACAGCCACUUUAUGAUAGAGAUCAUAUCAAUCCAGAUCUCUAUCCACAACCAAUUAAGAUCCCCAAUUUCAGUUCUUGGCAUUCACAAACUAUCUCAAAGCAGAUCAGACAACCACGUGCUCCUGCUGUCUCUCUUGACAAGCUCAAAAGCCACUCCGCUAAGCGUUCUAAGCUUGGUUUCCUUUCUGGUUCAAUGUCGAAUAUCUUCUCUUCUUCUCAUGACUUCAAGUCAAUGAGAAUCAAGAAGAUCGAAGAUGUCCUUGUUGCUCCAGAAAUUGAAGCAUACGAUCCAGAUUACGCAGAGGAACAACUCGAAGAUUCUAUUGUUCAGCUCCAAAAAUGUCGCGAAGAAUACCAAGAAAUAGAGAACAACUCUAUCGAAGAAAAGGCAUUCUUCUUCUGCAAGUGGCAAUCAACAUUCAACGCUGCUCCACAACUUGUUAAAAUCACUCAAGAGAAGAAGCCUGAUUCUGAAUCAAUUAAAGUUGCAAUUGACUUAUUGACAUCACUUUCACAUGCAAACGAUGAAGUUGUCGAACAAUUGCAAGAGAAGAGCUGGGAAUCUCCAAGAGAUGCCAUCAAUCAUGUUACUGAUCUCUUAAGAAUAAUCAUCAUUUCCCUUAACUACGCUGAAGAGGAUCUCAAGAACCACAAAUUAUCCAACAUCAACGCACAGGAAGUUGCUGAUUGGAAGAGGUACUACACAGAGAUGCUUCAGAACAUCGAGAUCAUUAACUCAGCACAUGAUAAUGUUGUUUGCUUGCAGAACUUGAAAUACAUCGGUGAAGCAAGAUCUCACUGGUCUUCAUUCGGUCCAAUCGCUCAGUCAAUCGAUAGAGAAACAAAUCGUUCGAUUCUUGUCAUCACUCAUAAGACACUCAUCAACACAGCUGACUUAGUCAUCUUGUAUAUCAAGACAGCAGAAUUGACUGACUUAACAACAAGACCACAAAUGAUCGGUUACUUGGAAGCUGCAAGAAGCAAACUUCAAGUUGUAAAGAAGCUCAAAGUAAUGUCAGUUGCAAGCAUUGUUGGUCUCUCUGACACAUUGAUCACCCAGAUCAUCACAGAACUCAAUGUCAAGAAUGUUCAUCUUAAAUCAUGCGAUGCAGACAGAUUCUGUCAACAGCUUGGAGAUAUUACAAACAAGGUUGAAGCUGCUGUUCCAAACAUCAAAAAUAAAGAACAAGUUGAAGCAAUCAUUGAAUUCCACGAAUUCACAACAGCUGCUCGCUAUAACUUGUUGAACAUGCGUGUACAAGACAGUGAAAAGGAACCAGAUCUUUUACCACUCUUAAAGCAGAAUGUCGAAGAUUUAGAUAUGUUGGAGAAGCAAUUCAGAUCUGCUUCUCAAGAUACAUCUGCAACUCCAACAUCAUCUGAUUUCUGCUUGAAAUGGGCUUCACAGAUCGAGAAAUUCAGAUUAUCGCUUAUUUCUAUCGAAGAAGUUUCCGAUGUCAUGUUAAGAAACCCAUCAAGAUAUGAUGCAGCCGAUGUCCAUUUAAUCAACAUCGGAAAGAAUAUCAGAGUCUUCGAGAGAAGCGAUUUCAAUUUCCUUGUUCCUGUCACAGCUAAUUACACAAGAACAACAACAAACUUGCAGAUCACAAUUGAUUAUUUGACUGACACUCCAAACAAACUCAGAAGACAAGGUCUCGAAAGCAACAAGCAAACACAGCAACCAAUAUUCCAAGGAUUGCAGCCAAUUUCGAUCAAGCCAAUCUCUGGUGAUCAGAUGCAGCAGCAAAAGACAACAAUUAUCAUUGAUCUCAAGCCAUAUGUUAAUGGUUUCAUUGAUAAUCCUGCUGAAAUCAAAUCACACAUCUCAGAUGCAAUGCCACAAGAUGAAGCAUCAGAUAAGUCAAUUUCUGACAAAUUGCAAAGACAGAUUUUACGUUUAUCAGCAGCACAGACAGACGCUUUGUCAAGAAACUACAACUUAUCAACAAAGUCAACUGAUGUUUUGUUCAGCUUAGUCAUCACAUACUGCCAGUCAUUGAUUUAUUUGGCUCCUUUGAUUGAGGACGCUUUAGAAUUGGAUGAUGUUACUGAAGUCAGAAAAGUUGUCACACAACACAUCAAGAAGUUGAACGCAAUUCAAUCUUCAUAUAACGAUAAAGCUGUUUACUCAGAGUUCGCUCAGAAGCGAUUGAUGAUCUUUGCACAAACAUGCAAAGUUCUUGCAAGAGUUACUGAACUUAAUUUAAGCCAUUUAACUCCAGAUGUUCAAUUCAAUGAAUCGGCUUUAUCAUCUGACAUGAGACAGUUAACAGUAAACAUUGCAUUCUUCCCGAAGUUCCCUUCAGUCCCAGCUGCAAUGGCACUCAAAGAUGUCAUCAGAUCACACAAGGCUGCUCAUGAAGAUAUGCAGUUUGACCUUAUGCCUGUCAUCCAAUCAGAAUCCAAGUUCUUGGCAAGAAUAAUGGAAAUCAUUCAGAACUUCUAUGCUGAAGCUGAUGUCAGAUUCUUCAGAUUAGAAUCAGAAUACAUCGAAAGAAUGGAACAAGCUAUUGUUGCUGUUAGAGAAGUUAAGUUGGAUCCAUUCUCUAGUGUUGUCACUCAAACAGCUCAGGUCAAGCGUAACUUGGACGUUGUUUCAGACAACUUCCUUGAGUACAGCAACAUGCUUCAGGACGGAGACUACAACCCAGAGAAACUCUGCAACUUGACAUUACUUUUGUCAUCAAAUGUAGUUAACUUCUGCCAGUCUGCAUUGACAAUUGAAAACAGAGAUGAUUUCUUCCUUCAACACGUUUUCAACUUGCAGAAUUACUACAUUGAGUUGAUUUCCACCAUCAAAUUGCAUGCAGAAAUUGGUUCUCAGAGAUUGUAUUCUACACAAGCAAGACACUGUUUGCAGAAGGUCAGAAUCUCCAUUUCAACCACAAACAGACAUCUCGUAUUGAUGGAACAACUUGACUCCCAGGCAUGCAUGGAAUCACAGCAAACAGCUAUGGAAGUUUCUCUUUCUAUUCUCUCAAGACUUGCUAAGUUACUUUACAUCGCCAGAGACAAUUUGAAAGUCGAAACUGACAAAGCUAAAUGCUCUGCUCCAAGACGUGUUCUUGUUCAAGCUGUCUGCUCUUCAUAUGAAUGCUCAGCCCAAACAUUGUUGACAGUAAAGAACAAAGUCCUUCAGAUGCAGAUCAAACCAAAGGCCAGAGAAAUCAGAUCAUUGAUUUGGGCAACACAAGGUUUGUUGAAUGCUGCAGAUUAUCUAUUGAUCGAAAUCAGAGGAACAGUUCUUGAAGACAUCGAGUCUAUUGAGUUCUGGAUUGGUGCUGCAACAGAACCAAUCGUCAAGGCUUUGGGUUCAAUUGCAGUUUCGAUUCCAGCUUCUCUUCCACAAUCAGCAAUAAUGAGAAGAAAGGUCUCGUCAAUUCACUCCAAGUGUGUGAUUUGUGUUGAGCCAUUCCAAGAAUGCAGAGCUUUCACUAUCGCACAAUAA